AUGUUGCCUAGUGUUAUAACGUAUGUUAUUUCUUUGUUUGCCAACAGGAAGAUGUACGCUGAGUUCAGAAAAUACGCUAAUGAAGAUGCGAAAGCCGGAUAUAGGUACGUAUUGUAGUAAACACAUUCUGCAAUGGUGUGUGGAAUACUUGGGAACGACUUUCUCUGACAAGACAAUAGACUUUGCUGUUUAUUGUACUUUUGCCCCAAUGGCCUCAUGUACGUUUACUUGUUUUCUAAUAGCAUGUGCAUAUGAAGGUUGUAUCGCCAUAUGUUUUUCUUUGAUUUUGAUCCUAAUUACAUGAGUCACUGUUGGAAGAUACAGUGUUUAUCUCCUAUUUUCCCUUCCGUAAAUGCGGUGGAUGGAAGGGAAAAGAGGGCCUGACACAAAUCCCUGUCUGGGCGGAUGUAAAAAAGGCAAAACCCCGCUUUUCACCUUGUUGGUCUAUCAGACUAAAAAUUUAAUCUGCUUUUUGAUUGCUUAGUGUUAAUUAGAUUAUAUUAUUAUUAGCAGUUUUAACUAUAAUUAGUUUGUUGUUCAGUUAUGUGAAAUAGACAGAAUAUAAACUUUGGUGUGGGAGGAGAGCGACCAGAUUAAGGUUUGUGUCAGGCUCUGUUUGACGAUUAUAACUUCCUAACUUCAGGCUUAUCCUUGCGGUCAAGUGGCGAUUUAUUGACUGAAUAACUUACUCAGUGAUCCCUACAACCCGUCAUGAAUGGUCUAGCAACUAUUCGAGCACAGAUACACGUCGCUAUAAGAGUUAAUUGUCAACAUAUGGCAAAGUUUAAAGGCCUUGUAGGGUAAAGUUUAGAAAGUUAUAUUCGCAAAUUAUAUUUGAUUUUCAUAUGAAAAACCUUUUCGUGUUGUUUUUUUUGUUAGGUAUGGUAUCGAGUGUAUGUUCAGGUUUUACAGUUACGGGUUGGAGAGGAAGUUCCGGCCAGAUCUUUUCCAGGACUUUCAGGAAGAGACGCUGUCGGAUCACGACUCCGGUUAGUAUUGUCAUACAAUCAUUAAACGCCUUUUCAAUACUGUAUCAUCGACAUGCAGUAACAGUUGUCUCGUAAAAGAGCUAUUGUCAUGAAAAGUUGUUUUUUGGUAGGUUUCCUGUAUGGCCUUGAAAAGUUUUGGGCAUUUUUGAAAUACUAUAAGGUAAGUUCUUAGCCAUUUCAUUUACACCUUGGUGCCUCAGGACGUUGCGUAUUUCCCAGAUAUAUCUUGGUGACUAGGGUCAUGGGAUUUCACGUAAGUUUGGUAACACUGUAAUGAUAUUUUCAAAACAUUUGUCAUGUCUAGGGCAAGAUGUUACCAGAAAUCGAUCCAGAAAUAACGAGAAGGCUACAGUCAUACAAAACAAUUGAUGACUUUAGAAAUGAUGUAAGUCGUUUUAAUUUGAAUAGUUUCUUUGGUUUCUUGCCAUGUACAGUAAAUUUACUUAUGUUUUUCUGUUGUAAAUGGCCUUGGCUUUCUUUCUUUCUUUACUUCGUUGGAAGUAUUGAGGGUAAGGGAGCGAUAAUAGAGUCCUUAAGAUUGACGUUUACGAAGGCCGUAUGGUGCUGUCUGCUAGUGAUUUUUUCAAACUUUCUAAAAUAGGCGUUGGUUGCUGUAACCCAAGUCUUUAUAAUAAAUUUAGAAUCACGACAUACGUGUGUUUUUACAAUAUUACAGAUAAAAUUACAGCAAUCAUGUACUAACUACGAACUAAUGAAUUAAUUAUAGCUAACAAUAAUUUUGUAAUGAAUGAAGGUAUAAAUAAAAAUAGAGCAUUACGGUUAAAAAUAAUUAAAUAGACAUCUAUUAAAAAAGGACCGUUUGAAAGUUCAGUUUUAACUUUUGGGACCCUAUGUCUCUUAUGUCCAUAUCCGUGGUUUCACAGUUUCAGGCAAUUUUAGAAAGGUUGAAAAAAUCAUAGGGCUAUUAUUGACCACAAUGUAUUGGUUGUAUUUGGUGAUUAAGUUUAUUUUUGAAAAUUAUUCAUUUUAGCCUUUAAACCGCUUUGGUGAAGAAAGUGAUUUCCCUGGAAAGCUCCCUAAGAAAGGAGAUCACAAGGUGGGCGGUCAGUCGAAACAAGAUCGUAAUGAAGAGCCAAAUGGUAGUAAAGAACAAGAAGUGCAGGGAAGUGAAAAUCAAGCUCAUGCUAAGACUUCAACAAAUAGACAAAGAACGACAAGUACAGGAAGGGCAAGACUUUCUUCGAAAGGAAAAGAUGAACGUGAUAAAGCAACUGGAGAUCAAAGUGGGGAGAAAGACCACUCUGAGAAAGGAGCCAGUGCCCGUAAUAUUAAUCAUGGCCGUGAAGGAAUUAAAGACCAACACACCGAUCACCAUCAGAAAAAUAACGGUCAACGUCGUCCAACUGCAAAAGGUCACGGACCUGUGCAUGAUUAUCAUGGAGCAAGUCAGCAUGGGACACAUCAUCCGUCGGGCAAAGAUGCUGCUAAAGACCAUCAUUUUUCGAAAGACAACCACUCUCCGCCUAAAGAUCACCGACCGUCGAAAGGACACCACACUUCGUCUAAAGAUCAUCACGCUCCAUCUAAAGAACAUCAAGCUUCAAAGGAUUAUCACGACCAAUCGAAGGAUCAUCACCCGCCAAGAGACCGCGCAUUAUUGAAAGGUCAUCACGGAUCUUCUAGAGGUCACCACGCUCCUUCAAGAGAUCACCACGCUCCUUCUAAAGACCAGCACGGACCCUCGAAAGAUCAGCACGGUACUUCGAAAGAACGACACGCAUCAUCAAAGGAUCAGCACGUAACUUCCAAGGAUCACCACCGACCAUCGAAGGAUCAGCACGCACCUUCGAAAGAUCAGCAUGCUACUUCAAAAUAUCGUCACGCACCAUCAAAGGAUCAGCACACAACUUCCAAAGAUCAGCACGGGCCAUCGAAGGAUCACCACGAACCAUCAAAAGACCACCACGCGAAAGAGCAUCACGCACCUUCGAACGACCAACAUCCUUCAUCAAAGGACCAUCACACCUCGUCGAAAGAACACAGUUCAAAAGGGCAUCAAGGUUUUUCUAAAGAUCAUCAUUCAUCUUCGAAAAGUUCAAAACACCAUGCGUCUACGAAAGAACAACACGGCAAAGUCAAGGAUCAUGCUGUAACAGCGGAGAGCGUUGUACCGAGUGGUCAACAAGCUGCACCAAAGAAACAACUUGGUUCAGCGAAGAGCUCGCAUAAUUCGCAAAAACGACAAAACUCUCCCGUAAAAGAACGAGCUCUUUCUAAGGACCAUCACGAGGUGGCCAAGGAAGAAAAAAUCUGCAGCAAAAACGACUCGCCAGAUACUGAAAGCGAAAUUGCUAAGAAACAGCCAGUGCCGGAGGAGCAACGACAGCAACUAGCAGUAAAAACUGUUUCCGAUGAAACAAAACCUGUGGAUAUGAAGGAAAGCAAUGAUACUAACCUUGAAACUGAAAAAGAAAUAAAGGACAGCGAUAUAACGCAAAGUAAAUCAGAACGUUCCACCGCUGAAAAAUCUACACCAGACCCUGACGAUGGGCAGAACACGCAAGAUACUGGAAAAUAAAGUUAGACCCGAUGUUUAUAGGUUGAAAUGAAAAACUUGAAAAAAAUGAAUGACGUAAGAAUAGCUUUUGCAUAUAUGUUCCAGCUAUGUUAUUUUGGUAUCGACUGGGGGUCAUUAGCGGUUCGGGUAAAUGUUCUAACAUCACUGCUUUGAACGUCGUAAAGUAUUCGAAAUUUUUUAGCAUUUUACAAUUCAUCAAUUUGUUAGGUCAUUUUGGAAUGUUUAUUCAAACAUUUCUCCACAUUGACGGGACAAUGAACUCCAGCCGUUCGAACCGAUGUGAUUCAUCUACCAAAAUGUUGAGCAACUAGAAGAAUCCCACAUCACUCACAGAAUUUCUGCCCAUCCAUACGACGCAGGCCUCGGACGGAUACAAGAAACCUAAAAAAACAAUCAUAUUCGGACAAAACCCUUGCGUACGUACCAUCGAAGAAAGAAGGCUAACGAAUCCAGACAUACGUCGCAUAUGACAAGCUGGUACUAUGUCAAGCAUCACCAGACACGACAAGCUAGCAACAGGCGCAAUAUGUGUCAAUGGUGCUACAGUUGUUUCUUUGUAUCGACGUUUCCGCUGUAUGUGCUGAACAAUGCUAAGCUGGUAUCAAUAAUUCUUAGUUCUUAUAUUAUGGGUAAUUAUGGCUUGAUCAUAAGAGCCCGCUUACCGAGACAUUUCGCCUACCUAUGAUCUCGCCUCGUAGGAAUUUUAGUUUCAUAUGAGAAAGCCGGGCUGGCCCGUUUAGCGAGAUCGCGCCUGCGUAAGCCGAGAUCAAGGUAGGCGGGAUGGAAAAUUUCCUGUAUGAACAAACCAGCCCACUUAUCGGAAAUCCCUAAAUAUUUGUGUUUCGUACUGAAAUGUACAAGUUUUGCAUGCACUAUUUAUUCAACUACAUUGCAAUUUCAUCUAGGCAAGCGAGAUGGAAAACUCGCUAUGAACGCAAAUAAAUAUUAGGUCCGGUAGGUGAGAUGUCUCGGUAAGUUGGAUCGUAUGAACAGCCCCCUAGAUGUUUCGCAGUUUGAGAUAUAUUCAGGAGUGGAAAAUAUCGAGCCAGAGGAUGUUGGUCCCAGGUUCUUUUAAAUUAUCGCUACAAUGAAAACAGAAACAUUAUUCUUUUAAAUUACUUUAUUGGGUACUUAUUGGCUAAGAAAUACGUAUAGGAUAUUUUCCCGUUCCUGAAUAAGUAACUUUUUAAACAGUAGUUUUUUCAGUUGGUGACAUAUAGAAAUGUUAUAUUUAAAAAUAGGCCAACGACUUGCUACUAGAACUAAUGCUGCUAUAUAGUGCAACUGUCCUUUUGUUCAAGCAAAAAUAGAAAUUAUCUUCGUUUUUAAAAUACGUUUGAACAUCGUUAAAGUUUUAGAGCAACAAAAUUGUAUGGAGUUGUAUAAAAAUGGAAAUUGGCUUCCACUGUUCGAAACACUCCCCUUGUUUUCCACCCUUUUCUGUGAGAACAUCAUUGACCUCAUAAAGACUUGAAAUAUAUCCUUGUUGAGUUUUGAAUUCGUAUCCACUCUAGCAGAUAAUCAACAAUUGAAAUGGACAGAAAUUAUUUGAAAUCCAACUAAUUUUUCAGUAACUAUAUAUGGUCGUAUGUGGCCCUGUCAUGGGCAGCUUUUUUGGGGAUAUUGGAUGGUUUCAGGUCUUUAAAUGAAAGUCAAUGGACUUUAAUAGUUUAAUUUUCCAAAUCGGUUUUAGUCGUAUUUGUAAAAUAUAUUUCUUUGCUUGGUUAUUUAGGACAGACUUUCCAAAUUAUUUCUCGGUAUACAAUUAUCUAGUAUUUUAGCUAUAUCUAUAUUUUCAAUUUGUUUUUGUUCGAAGAGAUAUUAGAUAUUUUUCAUUCGUAUGUAUUGUGAUUUAGAAACGGUAGUAUACAUGUAUAUUGAAUGUUGUUUGACACCAUAUUAACCCAAAGAGUUUAUUAGCUAUUAUUUAUAUAGACCUUUGAUGAAAUAAAGAGGUUAUGAAAAUCA